AUGAGAGCUGUGUGCUUUGUCAAUAAAUUAUGUUGGGAACUUCCUGGUACAGUUUUUAGACAUGGACUAAUGAUUGGUGAUGUUGAUAAUGAUGGAGAAAAUGAAUUAGUUGUUGGUACAGCUGAAGGUUGUCUACACAUUUUUAAGGGAACAGAAUUGUGGCAAAAAAUAUCUGGUCUUGGUUUAAUUUCUUGCUUAACAAUAGGUGACAUUUUUAAUUCUGGAAAAAACGCUCUUGUUGUUAUUUGCGAUGAUGGAUGGGUGCAUAUUUAUUACAAUGAUCAACCGCAAAUUAAUACAUUUUUUACUUCUAAUACGAGUUCUUUUGGUGGAAAUAAAUUUGAAUUGAAAAAAACAACUGAACCAAUUAAUAGAAGUCAAAAGGAAAAAAAUAUAGAAAGUACGGAGAAAACAGGAACUUCGCAGGAAACUAUUGAUUUACCGGAAAAAUUAUCAUGUGUACAUGUUCAGAGAAUUCCUACAAAUACAAAAGUAGUACUUGUAGCUGAUAUUGAUAAGGAUGGUUUAAAUGAAAUGAUAAUUGGUCUGACUGAUCGAGUAGUUCGGUCAUACAGGUGGUCAUGUAGACUAGACUUUGGACCUGGAAAUCUUGUAGGCCUUAAUAAAUGGGAGUGUGCUAAUCAAAUUGGGACAGUAACUAUGCAACAUGCGAAAGAUGGCACUCCGACACUAUUAGUAGCCCAACCAGGAGGAACAUUUAUGCGUAUUAACUGCAAUCAGGAUAACUGUCAAGUAGGAGAUGAAUUGUCGGAUUCUAGUAAUGAAGCUGCAGCCAGUUGCAUUGACUAUCAAACUCUUGGUAUUCAUCGUAUGCGCAAUGCAAAUAUAUCUACUGAAAUACUUGGAGAUUUAGAACCAGGAAAAGAUUCAUUGUCUUUAAAAAAAGAUUCUCCAUGGCUUCGUUACAAGAAAAAAGUGCAAGGAAUUGAUCAAGUUGAUGGAAAUACUGUUGGCGGAAAUGUAAUCUUAGGAGAAUAUAUUUCUAUAAGUAAUGAGGAACCAAUAUUUUGCGAUGACACACCUAAUUACUCUAACAAUAAUUUGUUAAAUAAUAAUAAUGAUAUAAAAUGUAUUAAAAAAACAUUUCAAGAACAUGAUAAAUCUACAGAUAUAAACCAAAAAGAACAUUUAAGUGGAAAAUCUUAUGCUCUCGCAACAUUAGAUGGCACAAUUAUGCUUGUUCGCAAUGAAAUAAUUUUAUGGUCAAUGCAAGUCGAUCAUCAUAUUUUUGCCUUAUGUCGAUUAGACGUUACAAGAGAUGGUGCUGAUGAAAUUAUAGCUUGCACAUGGGAUGGACAAACAUACAUUCUUGAUCAACAGAGAAACAGUGUGCGUUUUCAGUUUGAACAAACUGUAAGAGCAUUUUGUACAGGAAUGUAUCAUGUUUCUUCAAAAACUGCCAAACCUUCUUUUGUCUUCAACACAUUUAAUAAUAAGAUUUUCUUGUAUUAUGACAUAAUUAUACCAAGCAUGAUACUGCAGUCUAUGAACCCGUUAGACCAAUGGAGCUCAAACGAAAGACAUAAAUUUGAAAAAAUUGUUAAUGUUAAUGAUGAUAUACACGAAGAAAAAAAAUUAAGAACAUUGACACAUUGGCUAUUAUAUGGAAUCCAUUAACCAUUGUGAAAUAAAGUAAAAAAAAACUAAGAUGGAUAUCAAGCAAAUAAGUCUGCCUAUUAGAAAGUUUAAUAAAAAUUGUAAAUAAUAAGAAUAUAAAAAUCCAUUAUUCUUGCAUUACUCAACAACGACACGAAAAUGAAAGAAUCUUUUAGAAGGAAAAUAUUUUAGCAAAUACAGAUUUUGCGAGUGUGUCGUAGAAUUGUAUACUUUAAUUCGUAAAAUUUCCUCUUCUAGAAAUAACAUUGUAAUAUAAAAAACGAAAUUAAAGAACUUUAUAUUACACCUAGUGGAGGGUGCAUGGGUAAUACAAACUAAAAAGAAUUGUAUAUAUAUAUAUAAUAAUUCGAACACACUGAAAACCUCAUCUUAUAACUAAAUACCGUUUUUAUUGAUGUUGAUGUGUAAGAAACCUAAUUUUCUUAAUUUUAGUUUGAUUUCAAUUUUUUAAUUCUAAAGCUGAAAAUCAUAUCUUUACAAUCUUUACAAUAUAUAAUGUAAUACAAUCUUAAAAGACUAAAAAACUUCCAAUAUUUUUAGUUGAUUUUUUAACUUUUUCGUUAAUUUUUUAUUGGCUAAAGUUUAAAAAUUACCAACAGGUUUCGAUUUGCAAAUAAAAAUUUUUGUCUUGGAAAA